AUCGGUGUUAAGGAGGCCUUGAAUGGGAAGCCCCUUUCACACAUCCAUGCUGGAAGAAGACCUAUUGGAUUACUGUAUGUCAAACAACCGUGGAUGUGAUCUCAGCUCAGCACUCUACAGAUAGCCUGACUGUGGUAUCUUCAUCAUCGUCAUCACUACCACCAAUCUUGCUCGCUAGCCGCUCUGGAAUGUAGGAGCAUCAUCGUCACGGCAGCAUCCUCCUAAAGCUCUCCUCCCGUCUCUCCUCGCUCUCCAUCCGCUGCUUGAAUCAUCGGCACGCCAAACAUGCCGCUCAAAGUUCGCACAACAAAUUGGGGUCGGCUGGUUCUCUCGCGUGUCUCAUCACUUUAUCAAGCUUCCUAGCUAGCUCCGUUGCUUGCUGGAUGUAGAGACUGGCUGUCAUGAGAUGUGACUCUCUCUGCUGGGGGCACAAUCUUACACCUCUAGAGCUAUGCAUAUAGACUGACAACUGGAAGCAUACAAUGGAAUAUAUUACUUUCUGGAACUUCUUAUGAUUCUAUAUUUUCAUUUUCCUGCAAACUUAUAAAGAUAUUUGGUGAGAGGAAAGAACAAAUUGAGGAGAUACUUAGGACUCAAUUUAUGAGAUAAAACUAUACAACUGCAGCCAACCAUCAACUUGCCAAUUGCAGACCGUUUCUGAUACAGAAGAUGUAAGACUCAAGAGAGAUCCAAAGUCAGGAGACAAUCAUUACCAUGGAAACGGGUGAAAGCUCCACCCAUUUAUCUGUCAGCCGCACCUCCACCGUCGACUCCACCACCUCCAAUGAUUCAUCCUUUGAUGACCCCCAGCAGGAAGAGGUCAAAGGUGAAAGGUCAUUACAGAGAAAUGAACUUUGUGAGGUUAAUAAUAUCCCAGGAGACGCAAGGAGGCCCUCUGUUGGGCUACGAGAGACAAAAAUCAUCAUCAGCCAGGAUGAUAGUGUUACCAUUGACAACGAGGGUGUGGUGGAGGAUGAAGAGGAAGAGACGAGGAAGAGAUCAGAAUCACUUCAUAAACUCCAUCAACAACAUGCGCUAGAUUCAUGGGACCAAGAAGGUGACUCAGCGAGUUCCAGCAGCCGAUCCUCUUCCACCACCAGAAUAUCACCACGCCUCUCUCCAUCUCCCUCUCACCGCGCCCGUUACCAAGUCAGACAUACCAGCAGAUCAUCAUCAUCUGCACCUCCACCUCCUAAUAUCAACAGCUCCAUCUCGUUGAUGUGUUUGGGGAGUUCAGUGAUGAAGGUCAAGCGUCAAGGUCGUACCUCAUCUAAGAUGUUGUACCUUGAUAGCACCAGGUCCUACAUCAGAUGGAAACCAUCCAAGAAGGGACAUAAAGCUAUAGUCAACAUCAAGAAUGUUCGUGAGAUCCGAGAGGGGGCUUGCACGGACAUCUUCAAGAAGCACCUAGCCAGUACAGCAGGUCAUAAACCCAGCCAUUGCUUCUCCAUCAUCCAUGGUACUAGCUGGGAGUCUCUAGACAUCGUCGCUGGGUCGUUAGACGAGGCUCGGGCCUGGAUCAGAGGUCUCAGGCAUCUCAUGGAACAAGCUCAGGAAGAGACGGCACAGAGUGAUCAGCUUAGAGACUCAUGGUUAAAAUCAGUCUUUGAGUCGGCAGAUAAGAGUGGAGAUGGCCUCCUCAGCAUGGAUGAAGUCUUGAAACUUCUUCAUAAACUCAAUGUUAACCUCAGCAAGAGGAAAGUCAAACAACUGUUUAGGGAAGCCGAUACCAACAUCGAUGAGCACUUGGGCAAGCUGGACUUUGAUGAGUUUGUGCACUUCUACAAGACCUUGUCGAUGCGCCCUGAGCUCUAUGGGCUUCUCAGGGAAUACAGCUGUGGCAAGGAGCACAUGACGCUGGAAGACGUGGAUGUGUUUCUGAGGAAUGAACAGGAUAUUAACAAACUGAAUGAGGAGGGAUGUAACAGCCUCAUUGAGAAGUAUGAACCGGUACCUGAGAAUAUCUGUACUGGCAGGCUGGGCAUUGAUGGACUGAUGAGAUACCUCCUGAGUGAGGAGGGUGACCUUUUCAACCCAGGUCAUCGAGAGGUCAACCAGGACAUGACCCAGCCCCUUUCACACUACUACAUCGCCUCUUCACACAACACAUACUUACUCGGUGACCAGCUGAUGUCACAAUCUAGUGUGGAUGUCUAUGGUCUCGUCCUGCAGGCUGGCUGCAGAUGUGUGGAAUUGGACACAUGGGAUGGGAAGGACGGUGAACCGGUCAUCUACCAUGGUUACACGCUGACCUCAAAGAUCAAGUUCCGAGAUGUCAUCACAGUGGUCAACAAGUAUGCCUUUAUGUCCAGUCCCUACCCCGUCAUCCUGUCCAUAGAGAAUCACUGUACCUUGGAACAGCAGAAGAAGAUGGCUCGAUACCUUCUAGAGAUCCUCGGUGAUCAACUCAUCAUCUCAAGCCCACCUGAAGGGAGUUCAGGAGGCCUUCCUUCUCCAGAAUCACUCAAGUAUAAAAUACUUAUCAAGGCCAAGAAGCUUCCAUUAGACCAUGAUGCUGAUCUCGAGGCUGGUGAAGUCAGUGAAGAAGAUAGUGCUGAUGAACUUGAUGAAGAUUUCAAGUUGGAGAAGACAGAGACGAGGAGUAAGUUUGAAUCUAUUGCCAUGGCACAGCUUGCGUUGAUGAGGAAGAAACCUAUCUCACCAUCGCAACAGGCAUGGCAGAAGAUAGCGCACAAGCGAUUAGACAGAUUGAAAGUCCUUCUAGAAGCAACAGAGCUCAAAGAAAAGAACACUGAAAAUAAAGCUUCCAAAAACGGGAAGACCGGACUCACAGGAACCUUCAGGAAAUUAAAAGCUACAAGAAGGAGAGCCAAGCUGCAGCACUCAUCUGAGUCAGAUAACAACAGCAGUAUGGAAUACGAUCGAUCAUCAUCUCGAGAUGAUGACUUAGAGGGCGGCGCCAAUGAGAAUCAGCAGGCAGAGCAAGCGAAACAACGAAUGAGCUCAGCCAACAGAAAGAGGGCGUUUGUUCUCUCAAGACAGUUGUCAGAUCUAGUCAAGUACACCAGAUCGGUUGCAUUCAAGGGCUUCCCAGAAAACAUGCCAUGUUGGGAGCUGCCCUCGCUUGGUGAGAUGAGAGCAAACAAUCUUGCAAUGACGAGAGCUGCAGACUUUGCAACCUUCAGUACUCACAACAUGUGCAGAGUUUACCCAUCGGCGUAUCGGAUAGACUCCAGUAACUUCAACCCUCAGCCGCUAUGGAACUGUGGAUGCCAACUUGUUGCUCUGAACUACCAGACUGAAGGUCGUGCUAUGCAAUUGUUGAGAGCUAAGUUUAGAGCCAAUGGGAGCUGUGGUUAUGUGCUCAAACCUAGCAUCCUCAGACAAGACAAAGUCCAUUUUGAUGCAACAUCCAAUAAUUCCAUUGCUGGCGUCCAGAAGAAGCAACUGACCAUUCACAUCAUCAGCGGUCAGCAGCUACCCAAACCACCACAGAGCCUGCUGGGAGAACGUGGAGAGAUCAUUGACCCCUAUGUGGAAGUCGAGGUGGUUGGUCUGAAUGGAGAUUGCACCAAGGCACAGACUAGGACUGUUCAAGAUAAUGGUUUCAAUCCAGUCUGGGACUAUGUAGUGACAUUCCCUGUCACUCUGCCCGAGCUUACUCUGGUCAGGUUUGUUGUAUGGGAUGAAGAUCCCAUCGGGAGAGACUUCAUUGGCCAGGCAACCUUCCCUUUCACCAGUCUUUGUCAAGGCUACCGUCACAUCCAUCUUGAGGGUCUUGACCAUGCAACUGUCUUUGUUCAUGUCACCAUUGAAGACUUCACUGAUAAGCAGAAAUACAUCAAAAACAGCAAAGGCCUGCGCUCCUCCUCGAUCACCCGCACCACAUCCUCCCCAAGCCGUAACCGAACCAAAUCCGUUGACACGGAAGUCAAUCUGAUGACCGGUGGAAGCCCCUCCCAUCAGGCCUCGCCCAAGAGACGCACAUCCCUGGCCGAGAGGCUUGGUAUCAGGAGGAGACACAGCACCACAGCACUCCUGGUGGAAGGCAUCAUGAAUGUAACCGGUGGCAGUGGUGGGAUCAAGAGUCCUACCUCACCCACUUCCACACCCACCUUUGGUCUGCUGAGGCAGAAGAGAAGGAGCUAUGAAGGAGAGAUGAGGAAGGGUCGCUCACAAGGUGACGAGGAAGGAUGUGAUGAUGUUUUUGGUGAUGACGACUGUGACUUGAGUCCUGUUGACUGUGAUGCCAUUUUGGAUCGCAUCAUGUCCAGUGAGGUAGCGGUAGAGCUAGAGGCAGAUGGUAGUCUGAGUGUUCCUCUCAAUGAGAUUAUACACAUCCUCCGCCUAGGAAUUUCUCCUUCACAAAUCAUCCAAGUCAUCCAAGAUGGCCGCUUGAGUCUGAGACCAGCGCUCCAUGAGGUUCCUCCCAUUAGCUCAGUAGGAGAUUCUUUGAAUGUUGCUGCUAAAGGUGAACUAGAGUCCAGUCCAAUGGACACUCAAGAAGGAUUAGGUAGUGGAAUCCUUUCCAAGUUAGAACAUUAUGACCCUGAGCCAGCUCCUACCUUGAGUAGAAUCUUAGACGAUGAUGAUCUUGUGUUUCCUAUGAAUAAUAAUGAUAUCUCAACAGAGAUGGAGGCCCUCCUGUCUGCCCGCUUUACGAAGGAGAGACUAGCCUUUGGGAUGGUGUCCUAUGAUGAGUGUUCUUCGACUGAAGACUGCUCAAGUCUGGAAUCUGCUGAGGUUUUUGUGACUGACACUCCAAUAACUGACCCUCCAAUAACUGACCAUGUAACCAAUAAUACAUUAACUGAUCAUGUGACCAAUAAUAAAUCAACUGACCAUGUGACCAAUGAAACAUCAACUGACCAUGUGACCAAUGACACAUUAACUGAUCAGGUGACGGAUAACAAAUCAAGUGAUCAUGUGACCAAUGACACACCAACUGACCAUGUGACCGAUAAUGCAACGGGUGAACUCCUUUCAGGAGAGAAUGGUCUUGUCUCUGGAGAGGUUCAUGCAAAGCCAGAGCAAGAGAUAGAAAUACAAGAAAGAGAAAUAGGAGUACCACAGUUAACAAACUCCUCUGAAUACAAGGUAGAAGGUAAUAGUGAGGCAGAUGGGAUUCUAGACGACCCCUGUCUCCAGGAAAAUCAGGGUAGUAACUAUGAUAACCAGGGGGAUAUCGUGUAUGAUAUUGUAGAACAAGAUGAUAAUGUAGUACAUGUACCUGGACAUGUUGAGUUGGCUUCACAGCCAAAUGAAUUUGUCCAAAGGUCGAAUCAAGAUGAUGUUUCUUCAAACAGUAAUGAGGGUAUGUGUAUGUCGAGGAUGGGGAACCCUAGUAAAUUCUCUUCAUGUAAUGGGAAUAAUGACGUAGUCAAUGCAUACAGUAAUAACUCCUAUCUAAGAAAGAAUGAGGAUCAUUGUAAUCUUAGCUUAGUAGAUCACUCUCAAGGGUAUAUGCAAUAUCCAGAGGGCAGAGAAAGGCAGUUAUCACAAGAGUGUGUCAAACAACUUGUACAAGGUCAGACAGAAGUAGAACUAGAUUCGGUUUCUCAAGGCCAGACACGAAACCCAGAGUAUUGUGAAUCAGAAGGACAAAUGGAUUCUCUUUCCAAUGUUGUGGACUCCAUGUUUGAUCUGGUAGCCAGCCUUGCAGAACAAGAGAGGGAGCUACAAACCUUAGAAGAGAGAAACUAUGUGACAAAAGAGUUAAAUGCUAUCGUUAGCCCUUCUAAUGGGGAAGAAAACCUAUACAGAAAGAGUCCAGAAGACCUACAUCCAAAUGUUGGGCCACCAAAUUGUACUGAAGACACCAAAAUGCAAGUGCAAACACCCAAAUCUCUGGAAUAUACUGGAAAUACGCAGUUCCAUGAUUAUAGCUGGCAUCAAUCAAGACAUUCUGAAGGCCCUCUCAACGAGUCUGAACUAAAGGAGGCUUCUUGUAAUCUUCCAGAUUCUUCUGAUAGGUGGAAUACUCAUGACCAGCCAAGACCACUGACACGCACAGGGCUGUCACCAGAUACAACUCCUCUGAAGAGUUCAAACCUUACUUCAAAAGUGAAUGGAGACCUGCCAGAUGAUACAGUUCCACUGGAACACUCUUCUUCCAGUCAUAGACCAAGAAAGAAGUCAUUGGUAAAAGUUCUUAGUGGGCUUUUCCAGAAGUAUGAACUGUUCGAUGCCAAGCAGACCGAGUCCUUCAGCAAAGGAAUAAGAUCAUCCCUUAGAAGGAAAUUCAUGACUCGAAGUGUGCCCGACAUCAGCAAGAUGAGCUUCAAGCAAGAGGAGGAAGAUGAGAGCAAGGAGAGUAAUGGGUACAUGCAGAGUGUUAAGAAGAAAGUAUGGUCAUCCAGUAACCAAGACAUAAGAACUACAAGACCAGUAAGUAAGAGCUUUGAGAACCUCUGUGGUAUCAUGGAAGAAUCUCAAACAACAAAGAUGGCUCGGAUGUUUUGUUCUAGCUAUACCAACAUUGACGCAACCGAGAAUGGAUGUUCACCGUACAGAUCCGAACUUUCAGAUGACUAUGACACUAAGAUGAUUCCCAGUGGAGACCAUGAACCUAAUGGCUUUGUACAUAUGAGGGAGCAAGAUGUCGAUGAAAGUGCUCUUAGCAGCGUGGUUGUUUUCACGGAGGACAAGGCAAUUCAGACUGAUGAGGUAACAAAUGCAGUGUCUUUGAAGGACCAAAGGCCUAAACUUAAUAGAUUGAUACGAGGUUCAUGGAAUCGUAAUGGUCAGCCAACAAGACCUCUCAGUUGCCCUGUAUUACCUCAAGAAACCAGCAAUGAGAGCAAUAAAAACAGGAUUGUGUACUUUCAUGAACAACCCCUUGAUAAGCCUCAUGUUUCUUCAAGCCUUAAACAGAAGAACUGCACACAAGGAGAAGGACCAAAUGAAGAUGUUGAGCAACAAUCGAAACACUUGCUUGACCUUGAAGAUAUCAUAGUUACAUUGGAAGAUGUGUCCUCUGAAGACCCUGAUAGUGGCGAUGAUGCAGGGGACUUUAGCAGUCACAUUUGCAUGGUUCGAGGAUGUAACUGUGGUGUUAAUGAUCUUUCCAACCUCCUAGACUCUAGUCUCUUGGUUGAAACUUGCUUUACUGGAGCCGAAGAUGAAGUGGCAAAUGAAGUAGAACAACAGAUGAGAUCAAACUUUCAGAAAACUGGGGAUUUUUAUGCAAGAAAGGAUAAGCAAGAGAAUGAUGCAACAGAGAGGGAUGCAACUGAUGAUGAUCAGACAUCAAGGACUACCAGGUCUGUUACACCUCUGAGAAGCAUAAUUGAUGAUAAGGAAUCAAAUACUUCCUUUGGCACUGGUCAUAGCAUUUCAUCCAUACAUACUCACCUAGGAGGCGCUCGCCGGAGCAUAGGAACGUUCAGAAGCGAAUACAAUCGCAGCUUUGAUGACAGUGACAACACUGACGAUGAGGGAAAGACGUUGACAAACAGUCCACAGAAGACAGUUUCACCAGGUACUUGUAUGAGUGAACAAACUCCACCUGAUCUUAAACAAGAAUCAAUCAUCAGUAUCCUUGAUCUAAAACCUAUUCAGGAAGUUGAAAUCCUGGAAGACAGUUUUAGCAGUGAAAGUAUCCCCUCAUUAAGUUCCACUGAUGGAACUUCAGCUUCAGAGAAUAUUGAUACAGAUCCAGAACAGCUAGACAAUCCAGUAGAUGAUGGAGAAGCAAGUAUAAAGGAAGAGGGGGAAGUUUCUCAAGAAGGAAAUGUCACUCCAACUAAUGGUAUCAAUGGCCAGUGUUCUUCCAAGAAAGAGGCUGAUGAAAGUGCUAGGAGAACAGGUCAAGAAAAUAAUACAGAGAUUGUAGAAGAAGAAGCUAGACCCAAGAGUGUUAGCAGUGAAUGUUCCUAUGAUAUGUUCAAGUCUUUAGAUGAAUUGAGUACUGUGCUAGAUGAUGAGUUGCUUCAUGGGAGGAACCAUAGCAGGGGUUCCACUCCUACAUGUACUUCCUACACUUCUCAUUCCAUCCAACCACUCAAAGUAAUAACACCUAUCAAAGAGGUGGGUAGAAGUCCCACAAGUUCUAACGUUGAGAAUAGUGAGGAUAUUAGAGCUGUGCAAAAUGAAUUUGAUUUCCCCUCUGUAAAAUGUAGCAACAUGGUACUUGCUAGACCUGACAAAGUACCUGUCGGUUCAAGUAAUGCCAACGAAGAAAGAGCACAUGGAAGGCCUCCAGUGCCUCCAAGACCUGUGAUAGGAAGUGGCAUUUCAGUCAGGUUCUUGGGUCAAAUCCCUCGUCAGAUGUCUGCAUACACCUACAGCGACUCUGAUUCAGAUUAUGAUUCAACAACGAGUGGUUCAUCCCAAGAGACUGUGGUUGAGCUCAUUCCACAAUUUGCCAGGCCAAUGGCCAAGCCUCUCGUUCCACCUAAGAGCCCAAAUCUGAAGGCACAGCUCGUAAAACAAGGCUCCAAGGAAAAACCUCCAGUUCCACCUAAACCGCAACACAUCAAAGCACUUGCAGCAGAAAAGAGAGCCAAAGCACUCCAAAAGAGUAACAGUCUUGAAACAUCCCCUGACACUACUUUCCCAGAAUUUCCUUCCCAGAAGGAAGAUUCUUCCUUUUUCAAGUUCAAGGGUGAAGACACUGUAACUGGAGGGCAAGCAGGAUCCAUCGAUGGAAAUGGCCACAAAGGAAUUCUCUCCUCAGGAAUGUUAUCACCAGGGUUAAUAAAUUCCUUGACAAGUAUUCCACCAAACCCAUCACCAACCCCAAGCGAUCCAAAUCGGGGCCCUUCUAGCCAGAACACUCCAUCAUUACAUGAGCAUUUGGAAAGUACGUACGGUGUAACUACAAGAAAGAAACUCAGAGCAAAGCCUCCGCUGGAGCAUAGGCACAGUACAGGUUCUUUGUUUUCUCUAGCUGAUCUCCCAAGCAUCAAUGACAGAGCUGCAGGACUCCCACAUACUGCUCAGGAAACCAUCCAAGAUGAAGAAUUCCUUGAGAUAUGGGAUCAGUCACUUGAGAGUUGGUCUCUGGAUAGAAAGAAGCGAUCAAGUCAGAGAGUCUACUUCAUGCUAAAUGUCUGAUGGAAAUAUGAACAGUAAACUUGCCAUUUUAUAGCAAUUUUUAAAUGAUAUAUACAGUACAUGCUGGUGCCUUGCUUGCUUCUCCUGUAAUACAAUGGACUAGGUUCUGAUUGAUAUCUGUGAUAUAUGUAAGAAUCAUUGUCAAUAAGGGUGUACAUGAUGAACAAAUCUGAAAUUUAGCCAGCUUUACCUCAGCUUUGUAUCUGAGGGAUCACAUUUCUCAUUGAAAAAAUACCACUCUACUGUGAGAGUAUACUCCGUGUCUCCUUUCGAGAAGUCCAGCUUAGUUAAAAAACAUCCUUAUUUAGCAAUAGUAUUAUGAUGAUCAGCACAUAUUAUCAUGUUGAGGGUUCAGUGACACAAAGAUGUUACUCCAUAUUUUGCCAAAAUGAGUAUUUGAUAUCAAAAUGUUCAGAAAAAUGUGGGCUUUGUAGGAAACACAAAGACUUAACUCCACCCAACGCCCCCAUUGAAGCCAAUGGCUAGUGAAACAUAGACUUAACUCCUUAAGUCUCUAUAGUGCUCAGUGACACCUAAACCACUUUUUCUCAAAAUGGCCAAAAUGGAGUUACGUCUUUGUGUCACUGAUCCCUCUUUGUACUAUCCCAUCUUUGCUUCUCACAAGUUACAAGUUUUGCAAAGGGUAUGAAGAGUUUCAUUUCUACCAUAUGCCUAUUCAGUGUAGCUGUAGAACAGGUGGAAGUACCUAUAUUUGCUGGUCCAUUUGGUUCUUUGAGGGGUGCAUUCUAUGUUUGUGGGAGCAUGUCUGAAAGAAACAGAAAAAAAAUGAUUGAACGGUAUACAUCAGGACUGUAAUAUUAUUUGUAUACACAUACAAUGUACAUGUACUUAUGAUUCUUAAGCAUUAUUCUUUACUUAAUUCUUUAUAUGUGGUAACUGAAAUUCAUGUCUGUUAAGAAAUUCAUCUGAAUUUCUCGUAUUUUAAUUUUUGACGUCACUUUUUGAUACAAGGUCAAAUAUAAAUGUUUAUGUUCAUAUAUCUUACAGUUUUCUCUAGUUUAUUUACUGACAGCAUUAAAACUGUACAUUUAGGAUGUGCUUUUCUACAGUAGAAGAAAUUUAUCUUAUUUUUACAAUUGAUGUGAUUUUCAAGAAUUAAUGGAAACAUUGUAUAUAUUACCUCUGAAAGAUUUUAUGAAACUGAUGUAUGAUUUCGGGUUGACAGUUUAUUUUCUAAUCGUGAUGUAUUUGACGUUAAAAUGACAACUCUAGUAGUGUUUUUCAUAAUUUAUUGAUAAAAACUGAAUAUUUUGUUUUAUUGGUGUUCUUUGUCAGAGACAACUAUAUUUACCUAAUUGAUCAGAACUAUCACUUAAUUACAUUUUACUAUAGUUCUCUAUAACAUUCUCGUGGUAAUAAAUUUUAUCUUGUUAGCAUUAUUUAUUGAUUGAUUGAGAAUAUGUGCAAUGUAUUGACCUUAUAUACUGCUGCUUUACAUUAUUUGGUUGUGUUUUACUUUGUUAUUUUUCUUUUUUGGGGGGUGAUAGGUUAUUGCUCCAGCUUUUAUGUGUUAUUCCUAAUAUGAUUGUAUACAAAAUGAUAGGUCACACUUUUCUGUUUACAUGUAGGCUUGUUUUAUUAAUAUGCACAGUGUUUUAUAAUGUACUACUUACAACUUUCUUAUUUUCAUAUUAUAUGUAGGUAUUCGGGUUAUAUAUGUAACAUUUUACAAGAAGGUAACAACUAGAUUUAAAGCAGGAGUUUAUAUUACAAUGGUAUCCUUCUCGUGUCUUUGAUCACUGUUUUAGUUUAAGAAAUGACUGUUUAAAUUUAUCAAAAUCAUAGGGUAUAUUCACAUUUCUGUUAAAGUGAUUCUUUCAAUUGAUUUAAAUCUCUCAUUUUGUAACAGAAAAACAUAACUCCAAUCAACAAAUAAACAAAUAGAUAUCCAUCUAAUAUGCUUGUAGACUUCCUUUAUUUUUAUUCACCAAAAUGUAUUAUUGGUUUUUAUUAUAUGAAAUUGUUAUAUGAAUAGUGAAAAGUAAUACAUUCUAUAUUAAGUUCUGUAAUUGCAAUUUUUAUAUAUCCCUCUCAUGUCUUUGCAAUUCUUAUUUUCUUGUGAGAAAAAUAAAUUUCUCAACAGAUUUGUAUACAACACAAUUAAGAGAGAUUUGUGUAUAAAAGCCAUUGUAACAGCGCAAAAAAAAACUCAAUUGAAUUGUCCCUAUGACCUUUGUUUAUAACCCUCGGACCAAACCAGCCCAUCAUAAUCAUCUUGUGUAUUACCAUCCCUGGACAAACUACAUUUAGUGACACUACUCCAUGGACAAAGUCCCUGAAGAAACUAUUACAAAAAAUUACCCCGAAGAUAGAUACAUCCACACCCAACCACACCUAGAACAACUACCCUCGUUAUGACCAUCCUCUUACAAGCUGCCCUUUAAAAAACUGCAACGCCUUAACAAAAAAAAAUCACCCUUGGACAAAUUACAUUAAGGACAACUUCUCCUUAGAAAAACUACACUCUUGCCUAGCCUUUCAUACUGACCACCCCGUGACAAUUGCCCCCCCCCCCCCCUAGACGACUAUCCACUCCCAAACUACCCUCGGACAAGCACCCCUUGGACAAACCUCACCUUUGACUUGACAGACAAGCCCGAGAUAACUAUAUCAUAGACGACUACAAUCCACAGACAAAAUACAUGUACCCCUAGGACUAUUGCUCAUGUAUAGUCAUCGCUAGACCAAACAACCUCUAGGACAACUACCAUAUUAUGACAAACUAUACACACUGAACUGGCAUCCCAGACAGGCUACCCCGGGACAAGUACCCCUCAACUACCAUCCCUAAAAAAAUUAUCCUUGGAUUAGCAACCCAGGGAAAUCUACCCCUAGGACAACUAAACCUGUGUCUACCAACCCCAGACAACUACCCUUGUCUACAUGUAGCAUCCCCAAACGAAAUUCCCCUAGAACAACUAAACCAAAGACUAGCUUUCCUGGAAAAACUACCCUGGGGCAACCAUCCAAUAUAAUGCCGUCCACAAACAAACUUCAUCUAGGACAACUACCUUGGACAAACUACCCCCUAGAUAUACAUCCUCGGACAAACUACUCCGAUGACAACUGACAUGUGUAAAGUCAUUUCCAGACAAACGACUUCUAGGACAAACUAAACCCUGGACCUGCAUCCCAUAUAUACCUUCUCGAAACAACUGUCGCCUAGACGACCAUCCCCACACAAACUACUCCCUGGUCCACCAUCCCCAGAAAUCUAUCAUUGGCAAAACUAAACCCUUGACUAACUUUCCCAGAAAAUCUACCAUUAGGACACCUACCCAUUGACUAGGAUCCCCAGACAUACUACCCCUAUGAAAAUCACUCUUGGACUACAUCUUAAACAACCAAACUACCUGGUACAACUACACGUGCCCCUUGGAUUACCAUCCCAGACAAACUACCCCCUAGCAAAACCACUCUUGGACUAAAUCUUAGACAACAAAACUUUCUGGGAUAACUAUUCGUGCCACUUGGAUUACCAUCCUCAGAACAACUAUCCCAUAUACUACCACUUAUCUCUGGAAAAUCCAGCACUAGGAAAAUUACUCUUAGAACCCAUCAUCAAUUUAGUUGUUAAUGCCCUUGCACUAGCAUCACCAGACGAGCUACCCCAAAGACAACUUUUCUUUCACUUCUAUCCCUAGACUACCUCUAGGACAACUGUUACUGUCCUCUAGAUGGAAACACUAUUCCUAGGAGAAAUAUCCCACUGACUUGUUAUCCCCGGACAAACUACCGAUGAACUACUACCUGCAUGGACUAGCAUCCAAGACAAGUGACCCUUGGGACAACUCUCCAUUGACUAGCAUCCUUGGGCGAACUAUCACUAGGUCAAAUACACGUUAGACCUGAACAUCUAGGACCCUUUUCUCCCUGGACUAUAAUCCUCGGAAAGACUACUUUGGAACAACUACCCCUGUACUAGCAUUGCCGGACAAACAGCCCUUAGGACAACUGUCACUAGACUACCAUUUCCAGGAGAAGAAAAAAACUACCCCUGGGACAACUAAUUCUUCGAUCGGAAAGACUACUUUGGAACAAAUUUCCCUGGACUAGCAUUCCCGGACAAACAGCCCUUAGGACAACUGUCACUAGAAUACCAUUUCAGAAGAAGAACAAAUCUACCCCCUUGGACAACAAUCGCUAGACUACCACAAUUCCUGGAGAAACUUAACUGGGACAACUAACCUCUGUAUUUGACCUAACAUCCUCUGACAAACAACCCCUAUGAGAAAUCCCCUCAAUGUAGGGUAAUUGGAGUAUUUAUCAUUAAGUGUUUCUUCUUCUUGUAUUAAAAUGGUGGUAUUUUUCCGAGGUGAUAGUCAUGUAUAAAGUCGUCCAAAUGAAGAGACGAUUUAGGUCUUUAUUACGGUUUACAAGAGAGAUAUAAUUGGACUUUAUGGUGAUGAUGUAAAUAAGUGAUAAAUCGCUUUUGCUAAGUUUCCCUAUACCCCUUGAUAUUUGGGGUUAAUAUCUUCAAAAACUCACCAAACUUGUUAAUAUUCUGUCCUGAUUUAUUCCUAAUUAGCAAUAUUGCAAAUAUUCAUGAUUUAUGAUUAUUAUACCUUAAUUUCAUUUUAGUACACGCAUAUGGGAAAUACGACUUCUUGGCAAUGAUAGUUAUGAUUUAAUUAUAUAACGUUAUUCAUUUCUCAUGUUUAAAGUAAUUUGGAUUACUGUAAACAUUUCUUUGAUUGUUGAAAUGACCGUACAUUUUGGUCCUCGUACUGUAAAUAGUUAUAAUUGACUUGUAAAUACCGGUUCAAUCAUGUAAAAUGUAAACAUUAUAUCAUACAAAAGCCUGUAUAAAAAUGAUGAACAUUUGUUGCAUUAAUAAAGUUUAGAAACAAAAUUCGCAAA